AUGUCAGACCUUCUCCCAAAGGCUCUCACCUCUAAACUUUGGGUCUGGUCUGUGACGAUUACGCAGCAGAGUGUCGAGACAUCUAUUACAAAGAGGGAGACGGUGAAAGAUGACGACGAUGGGGAUGAUGUUGACGAUAGCACAGAAGACGAUACCAUCAGCGAAGAAGCCUCCUUACCACCCUGUAAAAUCUUGCGCUUGUCACCUCGCCCUGCAAUACGCUAUUAUACUGAGGCGGUGGUGGAUGAUGCAACAAGAGGCCUUCUUGAAGCUGCCUACGUUCCUGACUGUCCUGAUUGCAAUCGGCGCUUUCCAGAUCCCAAACCAUCCAACUUGAUACUGCACCUCCAUGCCUAUCGCUACACAGGCUCCGAUUGGUCCUACUCUGUACCCCCGCCGGAAUGGGCCUUUGAUUCAAUUCAGUUGGAAGAGCUGGAAGCACGUAUUGCCGAACGAUUGCCUCUUCUCUAG